AUGACACAUAUGUUUCAAGCAUUAAACCAGGGUGAUGAACACGACUCUCAAUACGAUGACACUGUUCAAUUUUCCCCUGGUCGAUUCAGAAUACAUCCUACCAACACAAACACAAACCGGCCACCACUUCCUUCCCCUGGAGAACCUGACGAACGUACUCACCUUUUAUUUGGAAUAAGACCAACAAAGAAACAAGUUCAGGAGUGGACUCACGUUACGUGGAAGCGUACAUUGAUAUUGAACGUGUUUCCAGUAGCAGUGGUUCUGGCUUGGUGCGCUGUUCCUUUCCCAAUUUAUGAUCCAAGCGGUUCAAUAAAACACUUUGGAUCUUCGGCAUAUACGAACGUUAUAAACAUUUUCCAUUUACCAAAUCAUGAUGAUAAUCCUACAUUUCUUGAACGUCAAUUACGUCAAUCGAAAUAUCGCAUGCCUUCAUCAUAUGUCCGCUUCUUGUGGUUCUGUUUCACUUUAUUUAUCGUAAUUGCUGCAUUUAUAGCUGGUGAAGCAUAUACUUAUGUUUUCUUAACAACACCGGAGGCGCACACAGGAGUAGAUGCAUUCGUUUACGUUUACUCAUGGCUUGCAACCAUUUACAUACUCGACGCAGUAACCGAGUACAUUAUAGAAUCUCGCGUAAAAUCGUAUCCUCUUCAAUUUACAUUCAAACUUUACUUUUUUAUGAUCUAUUUCAUUUUCUAUCGUAAUCUUUUUGCACGACUUCGUGAUCCGGAUCAAUAUAUACUUAUCCAAGCUGCCAGUUCUUUAUGGGACUAUGAUGAAUAUAAAAAACAAUGUGGGAGGUCAUUUUUUAUUCGAAAUCUUGCAGAGAAUGCGACAAUGAUUGGGUUUAUUUGCUGGAUAUGUAUUAUACAUUAUGGUCCCAAUUAUGAUGUAUAUCCUUAUUUUAAAUUCAAUGAAGCAGGGAAUCCUUUCGACUUCUAUUUGACUUUGAAAAUGAGUUGUAUUAUUUGGGCAUUUGAACUUGCCAGUGCCGGCAUUACAAGAUCAAUAUUUAGAAAAGCAUUCAAGCAUAGUAUUUCUAAGUCAGCUGUAAAGGAUUUUGAUGAAUAUCCUGAAAUGGUUGUAGCAAUGAUUGUGAUAAUUAUACACGUACUGCAGAAAUCACAAUUUUGGGGUGAAAAAUUUAAUUUAAUUAUUAAAAAGCUCGAGUAUUGUUAA